AUGUCAACUGCGCCGGGAGACGAAUACCAGCCCGCUGGCGAGGGGUUGGAAGGCAGUACCACUGCCGACACGAUGCAAAACGAUUACAAGUCGCGAACUGGCCAGAGCCACAUCCCAGUCCAAGGCGACGACGCUCCAGUCGAGGAUCCAAUUGAUGCAAGCAAGGCUGACUCGGACGAGCAGCUCGCUCGUGACGACGCCGAAGCGAUUGACGAAAGCAAUAUCAUCAACGAGCGCACGCGUGGAGCGACGAAACAGGGUGGUUAUCGUGAGCCUGGCGACGAAGAGGGUCUUCCAGGACCAGAGGAUGGCACCAGCCGAGUACGUGGAGGUCCGAAUCCAUAG